ACCUCGUGUUGCCACAGAAACCCAGCAACCCUGGCCAGGCCUGAGGCCGGGGCCUGUCAGCCCUCACCGUCCCCCUGUCUCCACGUCUGCAGCCAGGUAAACUAAGGAGGAAGGCAGGCAGUGGAUAGCGCUGCCCACAGACAUCAGCCACAGAAUAAUGCUGCUACUUCCAGACCCUCCCAGGGGUAAAAUCUCCCACAAAUUAAGCCGCUGAGCUUCCCCUCCCCCACCCCCGACGGAAGCCGAUGGGGGUGAAGAUCAGAGUGUGGCACUGGCCUCUGGCUGCCCAUUCAAUCUCCCCGCGUCCCUUCCCCAUGGGGCGGGGGGCGCUUUCUACCCUGUCGGAGGGGCCCCAGCCCAAACAAAGGAGGCCUGGGGUGGGGGCUGCGGGCUCCAGCUCGGAGGCCGGCUCAGGACCCUUGUCCCUCUGGAGGGGAUCCAGACGGGACCCAGACGGUCACGCCGCCCCCGCGAGGCGAUGGCGACUCCAGCCACGCACGUGUCCACACAAGUCCGGCGGGGUCCCACGUGUGCGCCCCCCGCAGCCCGGCCUCCGCUUCUGGGGCUCUGGCCCCAGCUUCCCACCCCGUGGGACACGUGUGCGCGGGGAGCGCGCCCGGCACCGCCGGGGUCGAGCACGGCCUCCCACACCCAGACGGCAGCCGGUCGGAGCAUCCGCCGACCCGCGGAUUAGCCCCGGCGGACCAACGGGUGGCAAGGAAUGCUGGGAAGAGGGUGUCCCAGGGCAGGAGCGGUCCGUGGUCGCACAGUGGGCGCUGGGAGGGGACUGA